GGAAGCCAUCUUGUUUUCUCUGAACUGCCGUCGGCGAGAGACGCUGUUCGAUGGGUUAUGUUUUGUAUAGAAAUAAAUACAUAUUUUUAAAGCAAGUUUAGCUUUUCAAAGAGGUUACCGGGAUCUCAUUAGCAACGCGCACAGCAGCAGGCGGCUGCAGGUUUUGUUGGUUUAUUUUAUCUGUAUAGGAGGGUAUGAUGAAUGGAGGAUAAAUGGUGCCCAAAGCUGACAGCAGCAGUUUCGUCCUCCUCCUCUCUCUUCUUUUUGCAUUGAGUCUCACGGAUCCACCACGGGCAGGUCCACGGCUAGCUCUGGCACGACUGUUGUCAGAGCUCCGGUGUAACCCUGGCCAGUUUGCCUGCCACAGUGGCACGAUCCAGUGUAUCCCCUUGUCCUGGCAGUGUGAUGGCUGGCCAACCUGUGAAGAUGAGAGUGAUGAAGUGGACUGCCCCAGUAUAACUGUGGAUCAGAAAUCCCGACAUGGGAAGGAGAGCAUUGAUAACAGACACAACCAUGGCAGAUCAGGAGAGGCCCCCCAUUUUCACGCUGGCAAUGGAGAGAAAUCUCUGCCCUUUAGCAGGAAGUGUCCUACAGGCUGGCAUCACUAUGAGGGAACGGCCAGCUGUUACAGGGUGUAUUUAAACAGUGAGAACUACUGGGACGCUGUUCAUACAUGCCAGAGAGUCAACGGGUCCCUGGCUACCUUCACCACCGACCAGGAGCUGAGGUUCAUUCUCGCACAGGAGUGGGACUUUGAGGAGAGAACUUUUGGACGCAAAGACCAGCGCAGGUUUUGGGUUGGCUAUCAGUAUGUCAUCACAAACCGAAGCCGCUCACUAGAAGGACGCUGGGAAGUGGCUUAUAAAGCAGGUUCCACAGAGGUAUUUUUACCCCCAGAGAGGGUGCCUAUUUUUGGGACAACAAUGCCAGAUCAUGAAAAUGUUUUAUGUGCACAGCUGCAGUGGUUCCAUUUACCAACAAUUCGCAACUAUGGGCUGCACAGUUGGUAUGCCGAAAACUGCUAUGAGAAAUCUGCUUUCCUCUGCAAGAGAAGCCAGACGUGUGUGGAUAUCAAGGAUAACGUUGUGGGUGAAGGUUUCUACUUCACUCCGAAGGGCAAUGACCCCUGUCUGAGCUGCACGUGUCACAAGGGCGAGCCGGAGAUGUGUGUGGCGGCUCUGUGCGAGCGACCUCAGGGCUGCCAGCACUUCCGCAAAGACCCCAAAGAGUGCUGCAAGUUUACCUGCCUCGACCCAGAUGGAAACAGUCUGUUUGACUCGAUGGCCAGUGGGAUGCGCCUGAUCGUCAGCUGCAUCUCCUCCUUCCUUAUCCUUUCUCUGCUGCUGUUCAUGGUGCACAGACUCCGCCAGAGACGCAGGGAGAGAAUCGAGUCUCUCAUCGGUGGAAACUUGCACCACUUCAACCUGGGUCGCAGAAUGCCAGGUUUGGAUUACGGACCGGAUGGGUUUGGCACAGGUCUGACUCCGCUGCACCUUUCAGACGAUGGCGACGGAGGGGCUUUUCACUUCCAUGACCCUCCACCACCUUACACUGCCUUCAAAUACCCUGAUAUACAGCACCCUGACGACCCCCCGCCCUCUUAUGAGGCUUCCCUCAACCCAGCAACCAUACUGAUUGUCAGUCUAAAUGAGAACAAUUCUCAGACGCAUCAGAGCAUUCAGCCACCUAUAGAAACCAGCGACCUACACCAGGAAACGAUGGAGGAAAGAGCAGAGGAAAGUUCCACUUUAGAACAGUCUUCAGAAGAACUCGAGGAUUCCAUCGACAGUAGUACUCUGCUAGUCCCACCAGAUUCACCUACUGAUGAAACUACAGCAACAGAAACUGCAGUGACAAGCUGCGACAGUAACUGUUCACUAAAUACUGUAGUAUGAAAAAACAAAAUUAAAAGGUUAUUUUGCAGUCGAAUAAGUAGAGGAGCUAUUUGCACACUGCUGUACAGAGAGAAGAGGAACGCUAGUCAGACGUCUUUAGUAGUGUUAUGAAACACUUUGCUUCUGUGUUUCAGUUUAGCGUCACUUUUUUUUGUUAUUGUCGUGUAAAUACAGAUUGUGAAAUCCCUGCAUGUUUCCAUGGAGGAAACUAAAACGAGGUUCUUUAGGAAAUUAGAAAACAAAAGAAAUGAGGCAGCUUUUUGUUAUUUCUAAAAAGAAAUCAUGAAUUUGCAUCUGAAUGCAGAUUAUCUUGAGUAAAAUGAACUUGGGACUGAACUGAAAGACUGAACUGUGGAGAAAUGUGCUUAAUACAUACCACCCACACGGAGAGAGCUGGAAACGUUAGAAGGCUUGAGCUUUCUCUCCAGUAAAGGCAGAACAAUCUUCAAAAAUCUAAUUGGAUUUCAGAAUAUGUUUUUUUGUAAAUGUGGGUCUCUACAUUUUGGGGUUGAUCUAGUGAGCUGAUAUGCAAAUAUUUAAAGUUUCUGUGUCUGGAGAAAGAUGGAAAUAGAAAGGAUCUGUUUGGACUUUGCAGUGGUCGGAUUAAAAGUUAACAGAAAGGUUGCAAGUGGGCCUUGCCAAUGCACCAAGUUAAUAGUAUAGUGUUAAUUGUAUAGUAAUCGGUAACAUUGACUCCCCCGGAGUUCGUUUUUUUUUUUUUUUUUUUUAUUGGGGUAGAUGUGAGAUGUACUUCCACGUUCAAUACCCUUUUGUGUAGAUUUGAAACAAUGCUGAAAGUACAUCUUGAAAUUAUUUUACAUUGGGAUUCAUCUGCUUCAUCUCAAUGGGGAAAAAACUAUGUUAUAGUGUAAUAAUUUCUAUUGGUGGUGUCUGUCUUUGUGAGCAAACGAUUACCCUCCACAUAAAAAGGACUUGGUGUAGUUGUUUUGUACUAUGAUUUAAUACUGGUAUAUUUUUGUUCUAUUAAAUGCUUACAGUUUAAAUAAUCAUGAAAGAGUAUAGCUGUUGUUUUUUUUUUCCUGUGGCAGACAGUUCAAAACUAAACAUUUUGCACAUCACUGAUGUAUUGAAGUGGGUUCUGUGCAUUACUAGAUUAUUUGGAAAAAGAAAAAGACACAUGCUGAAACUUAUUAAAUCACAGCACUACACAUCUUUACAUUUUUGUAUCUUAAAACUGGUCAGAUUGUCCUUCAUUUGUGCAAAAUGUCAUGUAGGGUUUUGUUUUGUUUUGGGUUUUUUGAGGGGGGGGGGGGGGGGGGGGGGGCUACAUUUUAUUGGCAGAUGAAUGGUCCGACCACUGAAUUGUUUUAGAUUACAUUUUUUUUUUUCAGUGGUGUAUAACAGGCCAAGCGGACGCUGCUUGCAUUUCACAUGUAGUAGCAUUCAAAAUAAGUGGUAAAGUGUUAACAAACCUAACCUGGCUUUUACAUGCAGCAUUUAUACUGUUUCUGCAACUCAAAAAGACAACACCCACACAGAUUAAUCUGUGUGGCGCUACAAACUUCUAAAUCAGAGAUUCAUAACUGCAAUGAUUUUAAACAUAUUUCAUUCUAUGCCAGUCAAAGCAGGACCAACAUUGAUCAAAGGGACAGGCAACCUGCUCCUGUAGGGCCAUUCUGCGCUACAUUUAAUGAUCUAAGGAAACUGCUCUGGGACCUGGUUAGUGGCCCAGUAGGGUCAAUUAAACAAUUUGGAACAUGGUUGGAAUAAGUACCUAAUCUGGAGGUGUUCUGUCCCUGUUUCUGUACAUAAGAAGACAUAGUUGGAGUGCUUCUGUCCAUGGUGAAUUGCAAUGCAAGGUCAUGGUUUGACCUGGAUUGUGUUAAUAAAUCCGGUAUUGUAGAAAUGACAAACCCCUUUCAUGUUUUUUAACCAUCUUGGUACUUGAGAAAAUGCUUCUCUUGGUGGUCUUAAUUGAUCUGUAGCUUCCUAAUGGAAACAUAAAAACAAAAAUAAUAAAUUUCUCCAAUAUCGGAACUAUUUUAGUCACCUGUGUUUCUAUGACUCAGAGGGCCCACAUUGGCUGCACUGAAUGUAACACAGUAUAAUAUGAAUUUCAAUUGAAAAUAUCAUUCAAACAUCACACACAUACUUACUACCUAUAUAUACCGUGUUCACAAUAUUUCUGUAUAAUCUGGGUGUAUUUUUAUUUUAUUGUCAAUCAAGUCUGAUUUUACAAAAUGUUUGCUGUGGUCGCAGUAAAUCGAGAUACAAUUAAACUGUGGCAUUGUAACAAAACACGUUGCUAUGAAAUGAUAUGCUGUGUAAUAAUAUUUGAUACUGUUCAUUCUGUACCUGUCAUUUUUUGUUAGGUUUGUUUUCUUUUUUUCCUUCACAACACUAUGAAUAAUGUUGUUUUUUUUUUGUUUCUUCAGUGGCUGUAACAUUUCAUCCAAAUGCCAAAUAAAUUGCAUCAUGAAGGA